AUGAAUAAUGGAAUUUCAGAGUAUCCGGGGCAUGUCGGCGGCAGAUGUAUAGCCAGUUUUGACUGCGAUCCGGCUGGUUUCCAGGCAUGCGUACCCCUGUCGGCUGUACGAGAUUGUUUCGCUGAUUGCCCGAAUGCAGCGGAUGAAGAAUGCCCGGCAGAUAGUGUUUUAUGCGAUACGAAGUUGCAACGCGGCUGUGGUAAGUGCGUGAAGCCAAAAGAUCGCGAGUUGCAGUGCAGCGACCGUCGAUGGCGGAACGUUUGCCUGGAGCCGAAUCAUUUUCAGUGUGCUACAACGGAAAACUGCAUUUUACCUCAAUGGAUCGCGGAUGGCGUGGACGACUGUGCCGACGGCUCAGAUGAGGGUCACUUUUUGUGCGUUUCCACAUCAUUGAUGAAAUGCUAUAAUUAG